UACUUGGUUCCGUUCUCCCCUAGACGUUUCCAGGGCCUUCCCCUCCGGUAGUGAAAGCUCCUGAGGCGGGUGGCAGAGGCCUCUCUGAGCGUCGUGUUCGAAGUCGGCGGGAAGCAAAAUUAUUUUCGAAAGCUACAAGCUCCAACGAUCCCUUUUACCAGCGUAAUGGCAGUCCCAGGUUGCAACAAGGACAAUGUCAGAGCAGGCUGUAAAAAAUGUGGCUAUCCUGGUCAUCUGACUUUUGAAUGCCGCAAUUUUCUCCGAGUAGACCCCAAAAGGGACAUAGUUUUGGAUGUCAGCAGUACAAGCAGUGAAGACAGUGAUGAAGAGAAUGAGGAACUAAAUAAAUUGCAGGCAUUACAGGAGAAAAGAAUAAAUGAAGAAGAGGAGAAGAAAAAAGAAAAAAGUAAAGAGAAAAUCAAGUUGAAAAAGAAAAGGAAAAGGUCUUAUUCCAGUUCCACUGAAGAAGAUUCUUCUAAACAAAAGAAACAAAAAUUUCAGAAGAAAGAAAAGAAAAAAGAAAAAAAGAACAAAUCAAAAAAAGGAAAACAUCACAAAAAAGAAAAAAAGAAGAGAAAAAAGGAAAAGCAUUCUUCUACCCCUAAUCGUUCUGAAUUCACAAAAAAGUAACUGAGACCUUGGCCUAAGUCAUUAAAUUUAAAAUACCAUCUUUAAAAAUGGCCCUUUCUUGGAUUUUGCUAUAUAAUUAUGCUUUGCGAUAAACCCCACUCUUUUCCAUAUAGACAUUUUUCAUCGGUGGGACCAUUAUCCCUCUGGCCUUAUGUAUUCAGAUAAGUCUUAUUACUUGAUAGCCAUGCCCCAUGUAUAGAUAUUUGGGCAUACAGAGCACAUGAUUUUUGGUAUUUUUAUCUCUGUUUGGCUAGUGUUAUUACUUCAUAAGUUGAUUAUAAAUGACUUUUUUACAGUCAAUGUGAGCAAUCUACCUAACAGUUAAUGAGUAUCCCUGAAUCAAGUGUCCACCUUUCAGCAAAGAAGCUAGGUAAAGAGUAAUGAUUUGUUGUUGAUGCUAAAAAAUAGAAUAGCUUUAUAUAUUAUGACAUAGUAUAUAAAGGUAGUGAAAUUCUUUACUCUGGUUUUUAAAUCUCUAGGCUUUUUUAAAUAGCAUAGGAGAUGAAACUGCUUUACUGUUCUUGAGCAGUUCUUUUUAAAUGAAUGGUGUCUGCAGGAAGAUGAUAAUGAAAAUAUUUAUCACAAAAUUUCAUUGCUUUAUAAAAUGAAGAGUUUCUAGUACCUGCCUCCCUUUUGUUUAGUAAUAAUUAAAACAUUUAUUCCUUGGUUAGAAACUAGUUCAACCUGUGAGAAAGUCUGGCAGAGAUGAUGCUAUGUUGGUCAGAGUGUUUAGGGUAGACUCCUGGGUUUUAGAAAUGUGCCAUAUUGGCAUAUCUUACAGAGAUACCUCAAAACAGCCAAAUCUUCAUUAGAAAUGAUAUUUAUUGUAUUUAAUAUGUAAACAUUAUGAAGCUUAUGUCUGUGAGUAAUGUGGAAAAAUUUUAUAAACAUUAGCGUAUAUAUCUUUGUCGGAAAUGAUUUAUAAUUUUGAAGCAAGUUUCACAGUAACUUUCUUCUUUCGUGAAUAACAAAUUUCAGGUAUUUCCCUUUUACUUCAGUCACAAAUAAUGGUAGGAGUGACAAAAAUUUAAAAUUAAGAAUUUUAUUCUGUACUUUUUAAAAUUUAAGAAUCAGGGAAUUUCAUCAUGAAAGCCUUUAUAUAACAAUGGAAAUUUUCUAUGAGUAAGCAUUUUAACAUGCAUGUUAGUAGAUGUGUUUCUUACAUUUUUAAUUUUACAGUGAUCAGUGUUAUUUAAUUUGCUUAAUACUUAGUAUUUCUGAUACCCAGUAAGUUAAAUACUAAUAUUUUAACAACAUUAAAACUCAACCUAUGAUCAUGGAAAAGCACCAAAGAUCCCAAGUACCUCACUGUGGUGCACUUAGAAGUUUUCAGGUUGGUAACCCACAGACAGAGCUCCAGGUGUAUUCAUGAUGAUGAAAUGAGCUGUGUUCAGUUAACUUCACAGGCUGGAAGUGGUUACUGAUUCUUCCUUCAGGGGACACCUUACCCAACACGCCCCAUACUCAAAACUCCGGGGAAACUGCACCUGCAACCCUGCCCUGGCAUUUGAGCCUCAGAAGCCUCAUACCUCCAGAUUUUCCAUGACCUCAUUUACUCACUUGGUUCCCUGAAAAAGAAAUUCUUUUGUUUAAAAAGUUCAGUCAGCAGAAAAACACAAAACUAUUAGAUUUUUAAGGGUUUGUUUUGCCUUUGCUAUUCAUCUUAUGAAAGUGCAGUUCUUAGGUUAUCAUGAUUGUUGAAAUUGGUGGAAAAGAAAAAACCUUUAAAAAAUUAGUAAUGCUAUAUACAAAAGGAUGGCCUCAUCCCAUUGUGUAUGUAAUAUGGUAGCAGUUGCAGUACAGUUUAUCAAGUUAUUUGUUUUACUUCUGUUAAUUAUAAAGAUUAUAAAUUAACUCAUUAGGUUUGCUUUUGGAACAGUGACAGAAUGAUUCAGAAGUUAUAUAAAAGUCAGCCUUCAUUAAAUAAUAUAGUAUAGAAAAUAAAAGAUUUUAAUAGCUUAGUAAUUUUUCCCCAGAAACAAUCUUAGAAUUUUAUUCUUGAUUUCCCAUAUUAGCACAGUUUAUAGAAUGUUUCAUUUGAAUAAAAGUCAUUUAUUUCUACUAAUUUUCUCCUGAGAUGAUCUUGCUAUUAAUGCAAAUCUCACUAUUAAAUUUCAGGGGGAAAUUCAUAACAUUUCAUCCCAGGCAGUAUGUAGCAGAAAGAAAACUAACUUUAACAGUAACAAUCCAGAAGUCAUGACCAUUCUUUACUAGGUAGCUGGACUCUCAUAGUGUAACCCUGUAUAUCCUGCAGCAGUCUUCUAGCUUCUUUGGGGCUUGAUGUCUUUUACCUAUAAGCUGUUGUACUAAAUUAUCUCUGACAUCAUUUCUAGUCUUCAAUGUAUAUGAUCACCAAUAUUUUAGUAAAAUUCAAGUAAUACUUAUUUAGAAGUUGUUAUAGAUAAGCAGUUGUUAUAAUGUUCUAUAAUAGUAAAGAUUGAAUUUAUUAACACAGCUGUUAAAUAUAUCAACUUUUUAAAACAGAAAAAUGAUACUUGGUUUGUUCUUUUUGUUACCACCCAAUGUAUGUCAUUUUCAUUAAAUCCAGAGAAUUUAUAUUUGCAUCUGUUACCACAUUAUCGAAACACUUUGAGGCUAUUGUUUUUAGGUGGUAGACCUAGUGCCCCAUAGUUUCUCCAUAUUUUUCUAUAUACCAUAUGUUGGCUAAAAUCUCUCAGAGGUAUUUUUAGUUCUUCAAACUUAAUUUAUCUCCUUUUACAUCUUUAGUUCUCUGAAGCCAAAGCAUCAAUAAAUGGGAAAAUAACUAUAUGUGUCUGUAUUUACUGUACUAUCUAAAAUUAUAUAACUUUAGGUCACUCUAAGUAAACUAGGCAUAAAGGUUAUUAAUAAUGUUCAUUAAAAUGCCAUUGAGUUAUUUCUUCAA